UCUCUCUCUCUCUCUCCUCUCUCAUUGUUAUUCUCGAACGUGAGAUCAUUUUUUUUUCGUUAUCAAGAAUAAUAAAAAUAAUAAGGAAAAUCUAGAGUGAGAAAAUAAUGCCGAAGGAUCUCCUGUGCAUAAGUGUUUUACUGUGUAUAAAAGAAUUCUUUUUAUUCUCUACAAUAGAUGCAAGAUAAAAAGAUUUCUCAAGACUUUGUCGUAUAACUGAGUUUGUGAAGAAGAUAGACAUAAACAAUAAGGACGUAAAAGAACAAAGAUCGAGCAACCGUCGUAGAAUCAAGAAACGACGAAAAUAGACAAUAUGAACGAUGAGUCGAAUAAAUUGCGUUUUCGGCAAUUUCUCGAUUCAUCCUCGAUGGAAAGGCAAAGACAUUUUUCUCGAGAAUCGUGGAAUUAAUCGAUCUUUUGAAAGGAUCGAUGAAAAUGCGAAGGAAGGUGUUUGUUUUUUCGGAGUGACUUUAAAUUGAAUUAUAAAAUGUACCUUAAUGUACAGACGACUAUCGUUUUCGCUAUUGUCUGUCAUUAAUCAAGAAACUUAAUUACUAGUGGGAAAUUGAGCCACGGAGAGUGAAGUCAGCGACGAAGUCCAUUGAUUAUCGGAAAGGAAGAACUUGCGCUACAGGGAAACAAGAUACAAAUAUUAGUCCAACCGAGUUUUCUGCCACUCGCUCGUAUCGGCAGAUGAUCGUUUCGAAAUAAACAUCGAUGAAAUUGGCGCAUUCCGCCUUUGCAGGAUGAACGAUUCGUGGUCGUCGUAUGAGGAUCUCGAGGAAUGGUCGUCUAUGUUAAACGCUACCUUUUGGAUCGACAAAAACGAAACCUACAGCGAAAACGAUGAAGAUCUAUACGAUGUGCCGACUAGCGUGACGGUUAUCCUCAGUAUUUGUUACGGAAGUAUAUCGGUGCUAGCGAUCGUCGGAAAUUCUCUUGUAAUGUGGAUCGUCACGACAACAAGGCGAAUGCAGAACAUGACAAAUUUCUUCAUCGCCAAUCUCGCCUUAGCUGACAUUAUUAUCGGUCUCUUCGUCAUUCCAUUUCAGUUUCAAGCAGCCUUGCUGCAGAGGUGGAACCUUCCGCACUUUAUGUGCGCCUUCUGUCCCUUCGUUCGUGUACUUUGCGUGAACGUAUCGGUGUUCACGCUCACAGCAAUCGCGGUCGAUAGACAUCGUGCCAUUCUCAAACCACUCAGCGCUAGUCCGACGAAGCUGAGAGCAAGAAUCAUCGUUGCGGGAAUUUGGAUGCUGGCUACAGCUUUAGCAACACCAAUGGCACUUGCGCUCAGGGUGAUUAUGAUACCAGAAAAAAUGACUAGUGGACGCUAUCACUUGAAACCGUUCUGCCAUAAUGAAAACAUGUCAGAAAAUUCGAUGCUAACGUAUCGAGCGCUACUGGUUUUCUUACAAUACAUGACGCCUCUUUCAAUAAUAUCCGUCGUGUACGCUAGAAUGGCUAGAACACUUUGGGGCAGUAGAGCACCUGGAAAUGCAGAAGAUUCGCGUGAUGCUGCUUUUAUGAAAAAUAAAAAAAAGGUUAUCAAAAUGUUGGUAAUUGUCGUCGUAUUAUUCGCGAUAUGCUGGUUACCGAUACAAUCGUACAACGUACUGCAAUACACUUAUUCCGAAAUAAAUCAGUAUCAAUAUAUAAAUAUUAUAUGGUUCUGUUGCGAUUGGCUAGCCAUGUCAAAUAGUUGCUGCAAUCCAUUCGUUUAUGGUAUAUACAAUGAAAAAUUCAAGCGGGAAUUUCAACAGAGAUGCCCAUUUCGACCUCGAAAAUUGUCAAUCAGUCCACCAACCGACAGUAUAGAUCUCGAUAAGACGCAAAGUACACGAACAUCCAUUAGAUAUGAUUGGCGACGGACAGGUUCCAGUGGUUAUCCCUCUUUCUAUAGAGGUGUACCAAUGCGAGAAUCAUCCAAAAUAUCUAUUAACGGCAACAACGAAUCUAUUUCUCGACAAAAAAGUACAUCAACGCGUUGGACUCGUAACGAACAAAAAAAUCAAUACUGUUCUGAUCAGAGGUCACCGAGCAAAGCAGCGGAACUCUACGUUUUUUCCUCCGGCAGACACAAGCGUACGAAAAGUAUCGGCACAGAAGAAUUGUGUCUUUAAUAUAAAAUAAUCAUAGAGAUCUUAGCGUCCACGAAAUGACUUUAGAUCGAUCCUAUUCAGCAUACUAUUAUAAAACUGAUCGAAACUAAUCUAAGAUGAAUUUCAUCAAAGAUCUAUAUUCGAAGUUCGCAUUAUUUUCUUUGUCAUAGCUCGUUAAAAAUAAUAUAACGAAGCAUUCCUUUUGAUUAUUCCAAGCGGAAGUUAAACUACUUUUACUAUUUAAGGAAAUUUUACAAAUUUUAUUUGAAAUUUUAAAAUAAGUCAUCUUUAAAACAAGUCAUAUAUAAGAUAAAUUUGCAAAUAUUUUAUACAUUAAAUAUCUUUUUCAAAUGUAAACUGAGCCAAAUAUUUUCUAUUAAUAUAAUAACAUGAAAUGACAUAAAAUAUUGGAACACCGUAUUGCAAUAUAAAUUACAUUCAUAAAUAAAUACUAGAUUAUAAUUUCUCAAAGCACAUGAUCUUAAUGUAAAAUAAUAAAAAACAGGGUAAUAUUGAUUUUAAUAAAUGGUAUAAAAUGCAAAUAAAUUUCAUGGAUAUCAAUUAUGAAUAUCAACAAGAAUCAGAUUAUACAUGUACUAGUACUAAUAAUGAGCGGAUAGAAUGUAGACAUAAAAAUAAAUUAUAUAAGUGGUACGCUACUAAAGUAUUUCUAAACUAUUUCUAGUCAAUAAAUGUACAGAAAAAUAAAACGAAUAAAAUCAAACAGAUUUUUAAAA